UCGUUUGUCCUACUUAAAAAACGUGAUCCCCCUAACGGUCACUUCUUAAAAAACCGAACGCCUCUGAGUUUCUGUUUACAAUGCCACUCAACUCGCUGGUUUCCCUUAUUUAAGCACUCAAAAACUAGAGAUUUUCGAAAACAAGCUUAUAAUGGUGAAGAUCAUAUCGUGUUUUCAGGUUCAAAAUCGGAGUUCUAGGGUUAGAUCUCCAUUUCAGCUAAACAAUGGACUUGUUCGGAGUUUUGGUUACCGCAAACUUCCUGAACAGCUACUCAAUCUCUCUGUCCUCAAAUUGGAUGGCUCUUCAUUCGUAAUACAUGUAGCGAGGAAUGCUACAGUAGCAGACGUUAAACAAGCAGUUGAGGAAGCUUUCAAUUUCUCGCGGGAAGAUGAAGGCAAGAUUUUGUGGUCACUAGUAUGGAGUCACUUCUGUUUGUGCUAUGGAAGUCAAAAACUUGUUAAUGACAAAGCUUCUAUUUACUGUUUUGGUAUCAAAGAUGGUGAUCAGCUUCAAUUUGCACAGCAUGUCACAUUGGAAUACAGGCCGGCUAAACAAAGACUGGAUAGCCAAUGUAACGAGUCCAAACAAUGCUCUAUUUCAAAUGCUCAUGGAGUGAACGUUGAAGAUAAUGCCACCAUUGACCACCAAGAGAAGAGCAAAAAGAUUAGUGAUUUUCAAGACGAGGAUGCAAUUCCUAAACCAAAAUUCAAACUGAACGUUGAAGAUAAUGCCACCAUUGACCACCAAGAGAAGAGCAAAAAGAUUAGUGAUUUUCAAGACGAGGAUGCAAUUCCUAAACCAAAAUUCAAACUGAACGUUGAAGAUAAUGUCACCAUUGACCACCAAGAGAAGAGCAAAAAGAUUAGUGAUUUUCAAGACGAGGAUGCAAUUCCAAAACCAAAAUUCAAACUGAACGUUGAAGAUAAUGCCACCAUUGACCACCAAGAGAAAAGCAAAAAGAUUGGUGAUUUUCAAGACGAGGAUGCAAUUCCUAAACCAAAAUUCAAGCUGUCCCAUCUUUUAAGAGGAUGGUUUUCUCAAUCAAAAUCUUCGAUGUCGACAAGAAAGCUUUAACCUUAUCCAGAUUUUCCCUUUAAUGUGCUAACGGUGCGUCUGUGGAACUUUGAAUCACUAAAUGGUGCCAACCUGCUUGUACUGCUGUAUAUGUUGUCGAAUAUGAGGAUCUUUAGUUAUCUUCUUAUUUGUUUAUUGACUAGGUUGUCAAUCUGAAGUUGUUACUGCUAAUUCAAUUAUUAAUAUCCAAGUUACUCGUGGUCUCUUCACUGCAGAAGAUAGUAGCUAGCCUGUUCAUAGAAAUAUAGUGUUAUAAUAGGAGGAUUAAUACUGUUCAGUUAAUGUGAUCCGCUUGCAUAUCUCUGUCAUAUGUUAUAGAUCGUAGUUCCAGCCUUUGUUUCUU